CGGACGUCUCUCCUCCAGAAUUGUUCGCUUCCCACAGUUGUGACUUCGAUUCGGUUUCGGCCAGUAGUACCUUUUUAACCAAACAAAAAAAAAAAUAUAAAAAAAAAGAAAUAACAGAAACAAGUUUCGUGGGGAGUUGCUCCCCAACUUCUAGGAGUGGAAAUUUCUUUGCCAUUCGGUUCUAUAGUGUGUGUGUGAAUUGCUCGGAAGAAAUCACAUAAUCCGUGGCAAUGUGUCGCGGUCAUAUACAAAAAUGAAGCGUCUAAUGCAUAUGUGAAAUGAUCAACCGAAGGGCCAUUUAUCAGCAUCCCCGAAGUGUGCUGCACAAAGUGUAAAAAUAAACAAGCAAACCGGCAACUAACAAGCAAACAACAGCAAUAACAAUUUGUCAAGUGCACAGCCACUCCGUAAUACAUAUAAACACCAAAAAAAUCCCAAGCGGUGAAAAUCCAAAAACACGUAGCGCAAAAAACGCUCGCGAUUUAAAACGCCCCAGAGCAGCGAACAAAAGGAUUAUCGCGAUGGCAAGGACCACGGAACUGAAGCUGGCUACGGUGGAGCCCGCGAAAUGAAUUUAUGCCUGGUGCAGUUUUCCAUCGAUUUUCGUCUUGCGCCACAACGGACUGGGGAUGAAACACCAAACACAUAAAACGGAUUUGAUAUUAAAAAAAUAUGCAGAAACAAGAAAAAAGGCGGGAGCUGCGCUUGAAGCGAUUCUGGCGCUCCCCCAAGACGACAUCCUCGGAGGACUCCACCGGCUAUGAGAGUCCAACGAGGACGAAGGCGUCCAGUGCCGGCGGCAGCAGCGAUGCCCAGAGAUUUAACCAUCUGCACUACACCAGCCUGUCGCAGGGAUCGGGCACCUCGUCGUCGGCGGGCGGAGUCACUGCGUCCGGAGCGGGCUCAAUGGCGAUUGGACCGACCGGCAACAACAAGCCCUCCUGCUCGCUGCCACUUUUGCAGGUGUGGCCCAGCCAGCCGCUCCUGCGCCAGGAGGGCUUCGUUCAGUUGCGUCGUAACAGCGGCCCCGAGGGUCAGCGGGAUUCGCCGCGCGGGGAGGCGGAUGGGCAGUCGUUCGUGUUCCCGGCCAUCGUGGAGACGAGCGUCAGCAGUCCAGUGGCCAUCGAGGUGGCCAGUGGCAGUGGCAGCAUCGGCAGCACCCACCUGAGUCUGAAUGCCAGGCGGAGCACGAACCACCUCAGUUUGUCCACGGAUCGGCGGAGUUCCCUGUACUGUGAUACCCUGCACGCCGGCGACUCUGGCAUCGACUCGGUGCAGGCCUCGCCCUCGCCGAACGCCUUCAUUGCGCCGCCGGGGGUGCACCACUUGCCGCUGGGCCAGACGGGCGGCGGAUCCUGCCACGUGUCGCCGACGAGCACGCCCACCCAGGGAUCGCCGAAUUUGUCGCUGGGCAGGAGGGGCAUGCGGAACAGCAUUUGCGUGGUGCCCAGUGGCAAUGGGCGGCGCAAGUCGAGUGCCCUGCUGCAUCCGGAUCAUGCCCGACUCUUUGCCCUGCGUAUGAAACAUGCGGCUGCCCUGGAGCGGGCACAGACCUCGCCGGACCAGACCUCCAUCGAGGAUGCCAACGAGUUCCACGACAACGGACUGGCCACCAAUCUGCGGCUGUGCUCGGCCUCCUCAUCGACGACGUCGUCGCUGACAUCCGUGGCCGCGGUCAGCCUGGGCGGUGCCGGUGGAUUGGGUAGUGGCCACUCGGGGGCAGGUGGGGCCACCACCACCGGCGGCUCGUCCUCCGGUUCCGCCUACGCUGUGGGCGUGGCGGGCGUCCAGCAGCGCGUCUCCGAUCCCUGGCUGCAGCCGCAAUCCGAUCGGGAGCGCGAUAGGGAUAGAGAUCGGGAUAGGGAUAGGGACUCCAGGCACGACGGACGGCGCAGGUCCUCUACCAUGACGGCUCGCUACUCCCUGUUCGAUGCCCUGGACCUGGAGUACGUGCUGUUGAGGGCCGCUGCCCGGGGUUCCGUGGGUCCGUACAGCCUCAGCGAGUCGAUACACAAGCUCACCUUCACCCAGUCGUUGGCAUUUCCGGCUCUGGCCAGGGGUCUGGCCACCAAGCGGAGGCGAUCGGCGACGCACACGAGCUCCCGGCCAUUGAAUCCCCAUGAGUCGGGGCUGAACACCUGCGCCAAGGUGGUCACCGCCGUCGUCCUGGUGGCCCUGUCCUUCAUGGUGUUCCUCAUCGUCUACAAGUUCGUGCGGACGUGAGGUCUGCUCCUGGCCCCGUCGCCAGAGCUCCCAGUCACAUAUCAGGCCAACUACGGAGCGGAGGAGGGAUCGUCCUUGUCGUCCUCCAUCAUCUCAUCGGCGGGCCGCAGUCUGGGCAAGCACAUGUCGGGGUUCAGGAGUAAAUUGGGCCAGCGUCAGGCCGGCGACUUCGAGUGAUUCUUAAAGAAAGCAUUGAAACAGGCAUUGAGAAAACUGGUCGGCAACAUUUGCACUACCUCAAAUGGUCUUGAUAUAAUUUUUUCCAUUCAAACAAAACACUCUAUAAGAAAAUUGGCAUUUUUAAAGCGAUUGUAAAAAAUGUUUAAAAAAAAAAUGUUUAAUUGAAAAUUUUAAUAAAAUUAUUCUUUGAUUCCACAAUGUACCUUAUUAUCUAAAACUAUAUCCAUUUUUUCUUUUUUAUCGGUAGUCAAAUAUAAAUAAUUUAUAGAUAGCCCAUUAAAAACAGCAAGACUUAAAUUUGAAAACAUCCCUAUCAAAACCUUAAAAGUAUUGCAAACAGUUGCUGACCAGUGAAAUUUUGUGAUAAACUAUCAAUGAAAGCAAAUUUUCCACAAAAGAAAACCAAACAAAGACAAAGACACACAAAUGUGUGUAACAAAAAUGUAAGGUAAUGGAAUAACAAAUUAAAGGCUUAAACAUUAGAAAAAACAGCUUCAAGAGGCUUGCCAGAGUUUCAUCAAAUUUAUAAAAUACUUAUGAAUAAUAAUAUUUUUUUAUAAAUAUUAAAAAUCGCUGCUCGCAUUUUCUAGGCUCCUAUUUGGCAAAGAUUUAAGGACAAAAACCCAGAAUCCAGUUUCAUUGUUUGCGGUUGAAGUGCCUAACUAAUUUUAAAAUGAUUACAAAUUGUAUUAAUAAUCUGCUUACUUAUGUUUUCUUCAUAAAAACGAAUUUAGAAAAUGGCAGCAGCUUUGAAAAUAAAACUAUUUAUGCGCUGCAGUAGUCCAGAUAAAUAAUCCUGUAGUUAAACAUUUUUUGAAGGGCAUAUACUAUAUAUUGGUGUUGGGAAUUUGGAGGAUAUGUGCAUCUUCAUUUAAAUAUAAAAAUACAUUUUAUUUUAAUUCUUUUAGGUUAAGAUAUCAUUUUCUGUUUUAUCACAUAUUUUAAUGAAAUUAUGUCAAAGUAUUUCGCUUUUAUGUAUUUUUUUGUACCUUUAAUUUUACAGUUAAUAUUUAAUUUCUUGUAUAAAAUUUUCGGCGCAUGGGAGCUUCUAUGUCAAUUAAAUAUAUCCAACCAAUUUGAUACCUAAUUAUCGUCAUUAACCAAAGCUUUAUUAUUCAUUACCAUUCCUUACAAGCCCCAGAACACCAUUUUAGUGUUGAAUAAUUGGCAUUAGUUCUAGGGUUCUGGAAUAUUGGCAGACGAUUGUAGAACCGACAAACAAGACAAAUUUGUACUGAGUUGUUAGACGACUAGAUGUUGGCGGAAUGAUAUGAUAUAUACGGAAAUCCAGGCAUAUUAAAUAAACAUAUUUAUAGUAGAUAUAUAUAGUUAUACAAGCAAAUAUAUAUGUAUAUGUAUACAUGCAUUAUAUAUAUGUAUAUGGGUGUUUAUAAAUGUAUACCUAAGCGGCUUAAAUGUGACAAAGCACUUGCUGAAAUACCAAUACAAACUCUCUACUCUUAACUUGCUGCCUUACUUUCCUCUAGUGAAAAUAGUUGAGAACAACAAGAAAACAACAAGAUCGAUGAACAAAGUCCCGACUUACAAUUACAAAUUCUUCAUAAAUUGCUGCCUUACGAACUAAAAACCUUUUGAAAGUAACAUCUUUAUCUCUCAGAGCUUUUUUCCUAUUUCCUCUAUGAGCUUGGCCUACCAAUAAACCUUAAAAUAUGAAAAAAAAAACAAAAAUACAAAACAAAAACAGAGACAUUUUAUAUAGAGUAAAAAAAUAUAUACUAAAUGUAAUGUUAAAUAAUUGAUAUUAAUACUAAAGCCGGCUAAAGUAUAAACAUUUGGUUGCAUAAAUAUAAGUUAUUCCUUCCUCUCUUUUUUGCAUAAAUAAUUUCAACAUUUGUCGAUGGCGUUCAUCAAUAUUUAUGCAUAGUUUUACGACAUUCUCUUUUUUGUUACGAUUGGUGUGCAACCAACUAUGGUUAAAUAAAAAAAAAAAUGCAUAUUAAAUGUCACACAAACCGAAAUGAGAAGAAAAUGAAAAUGAAAAUGAAAAACCAACUGUAAUCGUAACUGAAGUAAGUUGAAACGUGCAACAAUAAAAAGGAAGAAAUUUUCAAAUAAA